UAGGGCUACACACCUCUCUAUGUUUCCUUGGUAGCAGUCCCCACUGGAAGAGCACCUAUAUCUUACACGCGCCUCACUGCUGUCGGACUUAGAUCGAGAGCUGUUCAACACUCACCCUUAUCCCACAACCACCGCGUGAUGGACCAAGCGCCCGCCGGCGAAGUGACGGUCACGAACAAGCGCGAAUGCAGCGGCGAUGACUGCACCAACGAUGCUGGCAACCUCCAAUGCCCGACGUGCCAAAAGCUGGGCAAAGAAUCAUACUUCUGCGGACAGGACUGCUUCAAGAGGAAUUGGAGUACACACAAAGCGCUGCAUAAGGCGCAAAGCAAUGGCCACUUCAACCCUUUCCCCGCGUACCCUUUCACCGGCUCACUGAGACCCGUCUACCCACUCAGUCCACGGCGAACGGUACCGGAGAGAAUACAGCAUCCGGACUACGCGCAGCAUGGCGUCCCGGUUAGCGAGCAGAAGAUUACGGUCCGAAACAAGCUCCGAAUACUGGAUAAAAAAGAACAAGCAGCGAUGCGCAAAGUCUGCCGCUUAGGGCGCGAAGUCCUUGACAUCGCUGCCCGCGAGGUCAAACCCGGCGUAACAACCGACCACAUCGACAAAGUCGUACACGAGGCGUGCAUAGAGCGAGAUUCCUACCCCUCCCCGCUCAACUACUGCCACUUUCCCAAAUCCGUCUGCACGUCACCCAACGAAGUAAUCUGCCACGGCAUUCCUGACCACCGACCCCUGCAAGACGGCGACAUCCUCAACAUCGACAUAAGCCUCUACCACGGCGGAUUCCACGCAGACUUAAACGAGACGUACUACGUCGGCCCUUCUGCUGCUCAGAACCCAGAUAACGUCCGCGUCGUGGAGGCAGCGCGCUCAUGUCUUGACGCCGCCAUUGCACUUAUCAAGCCCGGUGCACUCUUCCGCGACUAUGGCAACAUCAUCGAAAAGACGGCCAAAGAGCGCGGAUGUCAGGUUGUGCGAACUUACUGCGGCCACGGGGUGAACCAGCUCUUCCACUGCGCACCAAACGUCCCACAUUACGCGAAGAACAAAGCCGUUGGCGAAGCGAAACCGGGCAUGACAUUCACGAUCGAGCCAAUGAUUACGCUGGGGAGUCACAAGGAUAAGACGUGGCCGGAUGACUGGACGAGCGUGACGGUCGACGGGAGUCGGACAGCGCAGUUCGAACAUACCCUUUUAGUAACAGAGACCGGCGUUGAGAUCUUGACCGCGAGAUUGGAGGACAGCCCUGGCGGGCCAGUGGAAAUGCCAAAGGAAGUCAAUGGGGCGGCGGAAGCAAAUGGGCUCAGUGGAGGCGAGCACAUCAAUGGUGUCGAAGGUGGUGAGAAAGGGAAGACGGCGAGCUGAUGAAUCCCUGCUGGCCCCAAUGAAUAGCAGUCAUUUAGCGUGCAAUGGAUUGCUCGCGGAACGCGCUGUACUGUGCCGUUUACGAUGAUACGAGUAC